CAGAAGACCAGAGCUGGGAGGCUCAGCUUACAGGGCAGGUAUAAAUAGCCAGCGCCUACCAAGGAAAGGCUAGUUUGCCUGGAGAUCCUGGAACCCUAGAGGACGCAACCGCCAUGUUUCUCCUCCCUCUCUCUGUGCUGGUCCUGCUCACACGGCCCUCAAGGUCACUGGGAGCAGAAAUGAAGACCUAUUCCCAGAGAACAGUGACCAACGCCUGCACCCUGGUCAUGUGUAGCCCCAUGGAGAGUGGCCUGCCUGGUCGUGAUGGACGGGACGGGAGAGAGGGCCCCCGGGGCGAGAAGGGGGAUCCAGGUCUGCCAGGAGCUGUAGGACGAGCAGGAAUGCUUGGACCACCUGGACCAGUUGGGCCCAAAGGGGACAAUGGGUCUGUUGGAGAACCUGGACCCAAAGGAGACGCUGGACCACGUGGACUUCCAGGACCUCAAGGUUCUCCAGGUCCAGCUGGAAAAGAGGGUCCUGCAGGGAGGCAGGGGAACAUGGGACCUCAAGGAAAACCAGGCCCAAAAGGAGAGGCUGGGCCCAAAGGAGAAGUGGGUGCCCCAGGCAUGCAGGGCUCUGCGGGGACAAGAGGCCCCAUGGGUCCUAAAGGAGACAGGGGAGCCGCUGGCCAGCCGGGAGCCCCUGGCAGUGCUGGGACAGCAGGGUCUGCUGGAGCUGUGGGUCCACAGGGACCUCCAGGUGCCAGGGGCCCCCCAGGACUGAUGGGGGAGAGAGGUGUCCCUGGGGACAAAGGAGCAAAGGGAGAGAGUGGGCUUCCAGAUGUCACUGCUCUGAGGCGGCAGGUGGAGGCCUUACAAAGACAGGUACAACAACUCCAGGAUGCCUUCUCUCAGUAUAAGAAAGCUGAGCUCUUCCCCGAUGGCCGAAGGGUUGGGGAGAAGAUCUUCAAGACGGGAGGCUUUGAGAAAUCUUUUGAGGAGGCACAGCAGGUGUGCACACAGGCCGGGGGGCAGCUGGCCUCCCCACGCUCGGCCGCUGAGAACGAGGCCCUGCAGCAGCUGGUGACAGCUCAGAACAAGAUCGCCUUCCUGAGCAUGACCGACGCCACGACAGAGGGCAAGUUCACCUACCCCACGGGGGAGACCCUGGUCUAUUCCAACUGGGCCCCGGGGGAGCCCAACAACAACGGAGGGGCCGAGAACUGCGUGGAGAUCCUCACCAACGGCAAGUGGAACGACAAGAACUGCAAGGAGCAGCGCCUUGUGAUCUGCGAGUUCUGAGCCACGGGGUGGGGGCGGGGGAGGCAGUGCUGGCCCGGAGCCUGGCCGGUGAGGCAGGGCCCAGGCCCGUGUGCUGCCAACAGGCCAAUAAAAGAUGACACCUCUGCCGGCCAGGGCGUCUCCACAGAGCUGGGGGAGCAGGCAGGGCUGCUGCUGAACGCCCAUCUGGGAAUAAAGCACCAACCGGCGGCACACGGUGGGAGCCCUGGCAGAGGAGGGAAGGCCACCGCUUUCUCAGCUGCAGGGGUAAAAUCAGGUUCCCAAGACCUCCCUCCUGCAAAGCCCGAUGGCUCCUCGUCAGCCCUCCUCCCCCUGCCUCCGAGUCCGCUGACCCCUCUCCCCUCCCCCCUCUUCCUCUUUUGGCUUCCAGGACACCACUCUGGCUGGCUUUUAUCUCAUCCUUACAGCUGCUCCUUAGCAGCCUCUUUUGUGGCUCCUCAUCCUCCUCUUGGCCACUUAAUGGCCAGCGCUGGACCCUCAGAUCUCGGUUCUCUUCUCUCCCUGUGCUCCCUAAGGGUGAGCUCAUCUGUCCCAUGGCUUCCAGUGCCUUCUGCUUACGGCUCCCCACGUGCACCCUUGUUCAGGACCUCUCCCUGAGCUACAGACUCCUGUAGCCACUGCAAUCUGGAGUACCCAGGGGGCUGGGAGGCCUCAGGGGCUGCCUCCUGCUUCAAGGCCUGAGCCCAGACAGCUGCACAGCAUAGCAGGAUGACCUGGCGGGAGCGUCCGCCCCCACCCCGCGCCCCCGACUGCAUGGCCUCACCCCCGUCGACUCCUCAUCCUCACACAGCCCAGGUCCUCCCUCCAUCUGUGUCAGUGUGACUGCCUCCUGGCUCAUGGGAGGGAGCACUGUCUGCAAAGUCCUAACUCCCUCUGAAACAUCAGGCACAGAUUCAUCUCAUGCCCAGGUUCAUCCCCAACCCUCCUGUGGCCUGGCAGUUCCAGAAGUUUCCUGCCCUACUCUGCCCCAGAGGUAGUCCAGUCAAAUCCUCCUCCUCCUUUGACGGAUAUGGGAACCAAGCACAGAGAGGGAGGGACUCGCACGGGGCCGCAGGCAUCUUCUACAGCUCCUCGGAAAACGGUCAUGGGACCUCAAAGCUUAUACUUUUGGCCUGUGAAUUUUUAGGCCAAAGGCCUCUUUAUGUUUAGCUGAUUUCAUUGACAGACUACGGCUAAGAUGAUUUAAAUGACACCAGUGCUUAAGAAAUUGGAAUGACACGUGGAUGAACCCUCCCCAGACAGGAAACCAAACGCUGUCUCUUUGCUCUCGGGGACCAGGGUGACUGCCCUUUCUGAUCCUGCCUGAACGGGACCCCCAAGACCCACCCCUCUUCCCAACACCCCUGCAGUCAUGCCUCAGGGAUCAAACAAAAGCCACAGCAUGCAGCUCAGGCUCUCUGAUAAGAUCUUCCUCCUGUUUCUUGGAAAAUCUCCAUUCCCCGGAAGCUUUUGAAACAGGUCAGUUAUACAACAAUGAGCAAACAACUUUCCAGAACAGGGGCUGCACCUGGACACGCUUGUUGAGGGAGCUUAGAAAGGCCUUUUUUUUUUUUUUUUUUUACUGCAAAUAAGAGACAGUAACUGAAUCUUGUUUAAGCCAGAGAGAGGCAUUUCUUCCAAGAACAGAGAGUUCUGAGUUGGCUCAAGACGGUCUCGGGGAGCACAGGCAGCAUCGUGCUUCCCCGCUGGCCUCUGUCUCUCUCUGUGCAUCCUCACUUUUUCCUCCUUUACCCACCAGCUUCCUCUGCUUGCGAGUGUCUCAACUGCCCAGCAUAGGGAAUCGUGUGUCACAGAGAUUGCCACCCAGAGAUCAGAGGCUCUCGCUUGACAUCAAUUCAAAACUCCCGUGGAAAUGAAUCUACCUGCCCCACAUGUCACCCUCUGGUCCAACCAAUUAAACCUGGGGCCUGGGAGGGACCACACUGUACAAUACACCCACUGGGACCCAGACAAGGUUGUGCUGGUCUGGGCAGACCCUCUCAACGUGGUCACUAUCCGCUCCAAUACUUAAGCCAAAGCCUAUUUCUUGACAAGAGGGAAGGAAAGAGUGGCAGAACUAUGUGACUCAGUAGGGAAAAAAAAAACCUCCUGCCAUGUUGAAGGCUGGGAAUGUGGAGAACCCAGACACCAGGAAGAAGCUUCUGGUCAACCUGCCCCGUGGGCCACAGGAGUCUGGUUUGCUCUUCGGCACAGAGAGCAAGUAAGGAGGUGUCAUUUGGCUCCGCAGGCACAGCCUGGGUAAGGGAGAGGACUGGGGCAGCUAUUUCAGAAAACGCAGGUCUACACCAUUCUACAGAGUAGGGGCCUCUCCUGUACUGACAUUCCUGGGCAGCAGUCAACACAGAUCUUAAGCCGUUUCAGCCCCACCCCAACCACAGUAGACAUGGUUCCUAGUCUAGUGACCUCGGUGCCAGAAGAAGCCAGGACUGUGACUCGUAUGUUCUCAGGAGCGUUACGACCCUCGCAAUGCCAAGUGACUUCCUGGGAGCAGGCUGGGACCCCUCCUGUCUGGAGGGGAGACGACCACAGCGGUUUCAUAAGGAAGCUCCUGCUCAGUUGAAUAGGACAUUCUCAAGUUGCCUGCUGGUUCUCAACCCUCCUGCCACCAAACCAGCCCACAUCUCAUAAUGAGCAGCAGUGGGGAGCCCUCUGGGGUUUGCUUCCCUAGGAUCCCAUCUUUGCCCUGAAUUCCCUUAUAUAGAACACGGACAACCGAGUCACUUAAGUUCAGGGCAUUCUCAAUGACUCUUACCUUCCGGAGGCCCUUAAUUCAACUUCAGUGCCAUGCUUGACCUUUCCAAGUCACCUGUCUUAAAUACAAGAGCAAAGAAGCCAGGUAUCUGGAGAUAAAAUAUUAAUUUAUAUGUCAAAUAUUUCCCAGGCACUGGAUGGACACAGCUGGUCAUGCCCUCACAGACGCUGUAGCCCUGUGUGUCUCUAACAUCAGAGAUAAGCUGUAGAAUGGUGCUCCAGCGAUGGGCAAUCGGGGUGCUCAGCAAGUAGACUUGGAAUGAGUGGAUGACUAUAAAACCUGUGAGCCGGGAGAAUAGAGGACAGCCAUCUCCUGGCGCGGUCACCAGGACACUCCUUAUAAUUGUUCAGUCUAAUUGUCUGUGACUAUUAGGCCUCUGUAUGACUAAGAGCUGGUAUCUUGUGAUCCAUUUCACUGUUAUUUGCCAACAUUUCAAUAAGAGAGGCCUGUGACGUGUCACCUCUGGGUGGAAGCGGAUGAGGGCCAGUGCACAUCUCGGAAAUGCCCUCUUUUCCGAUGCUAUGGUCAUCACAGAAGUGUUGGCAGAUAUAAAGUGGUACAAUCCAGCGAUCUGGAACCCUGAGUGAAAGUGUGGAAAGCAACGGCCUUUGGGGAUCCCCUGGAUCCACAUAGACCGUGAGCGGGAGCUGGGGGUCGUUAUACGUGGCCGGUCCCUACUGGGUACCUUGUGAACACUGACACAUUUGACCUCUGUUUAUUGAAGCAGUGUGGUCUCCCUCAGGCGGCCCAGCUCAGAGGGCUUUGAGCCACAGAGGGACUCACGAGGGCCCCGCCUGAGCAAAAUGGCACUUUUCAUAUUUAUUUAGUAAGUAGACAGAACAAAUGAAGUGAAUAAGUGCAGGAGCUGAGCAAAUGAAAUCCUUAAUUCCUACCUGUAAGUCCUUUGUAGGACUGAAUAAAGUGUUUUCAAGAUGUU